AUGACCGUCACCUACUCAAGCCAAGUGGCUAAUGCCCGCUUAGGCUCCUUCUCCCGUCUGCUCCUGUGUUGGCGCGGCAGCAUCUACAAGCUGAUCUAUGGCGAGUUCCUCAUCUUCUUGCUCAGCUACUACAUCAUCCGUUUCAUCUACAGGAUGGCCCUCACGGAGGAACAGCAGGUGAUGUUUGAGAAACUGACUCUGUAUUGCGACAGCUACAUCCAGCUCAUCCCCAUUUCCUUCGUGCUGGGCUUCUACGUGACGCUGGUCGUGACCCGCUGGUGGAACCAGUACGAGAACCUGCCAUGGCCCGAUCGCCUUAUGAACCUGGUGUCGGGCUUGGUGGAGGGCAAGGACGAGCAAGGCCGGCUGCUGCUGUUUUCCGCUGUUAUGUCGCUCAUCCGCUACGCCAACCUGGGCAGCGUACUGAUCCUGCGCAGCGUCAGCGCCACCACCCGUCCCUUCUGCAGGUUCCCCCACCCGCUGCCUUCUUAACUCCACCCCGCAGGCUUUAUGACCCCCGCGGAACGCAAGCACUUAGAAAAGCUAAGCUUGCCGCACAACACGUUCUGGGUGCCCUGGGUGUGGUUUGCCAACCUGUCAAUGAAGGCGUGGAUCGGAGGUCGAAUCCGGGACCCUGUCCUGCUCCAGAGCCUGUUGAACGAGAUGAACGUCUUGCGUACUCAGUGUGGACUCCUGUUUGCCUAUGACUGGAUCAGUAUCCCACUGGUGUACACACAGGUGGUGACCGUGGCGGUUUACAGCUUCUUCCUGGCUUGCUUGAUCGGGCGGCAGUUUCUGAACCCGGCCAAGGCCUAUCCUGGCCACGAGCUGGACCUCGUUGUGCCCGUUUUCACGUUCCUGCAGUUCUUUUUCUAUGCUGGCUGGCUGAAGGUGGCAGAGCAGCUCAUCAACCCAUUUGGAGAGGAUGAUGAUGACUUUGAGACCAACUGGAUUGUCGACAGGAGCCUGCAGGUGUCCCUGUUGGCUGUGGACGAGAUGCACCAGGACCUGCCCCCAAUGGAGCGGGAUAUGUACUGGAAUGAUCCAGAACCACAACCCCCCUAUACAGCUGCUUCUGCCCAGUAUCGUCGACCCUCCUUUUUAGGCUCUACCUUCAACAUCAGUCUGCAUAAGGAAGACAUGGGGUUUCAGGCAAAUCCAGAAGAGGAGGAGGACCCUCAAACUGGCAUCAUUGGCCGCUUCCUAGGGCUACAGUCCCACGACCACCAUCCCCCCAGGACAAACUCAAAGACCAAACUACUGCGACCCAAGAAAGAAGGCCUUCUCCAAGAGGGCCAGCCCAAGAAACUCGGGAGUGCCAGACAGCACCCUAGGAACCAGGAAGGCGGCAAGCCUUGGAAGAUUGAGGAGGAGGAUGAUGCUUUCCAGACUGCUGCACUAUACGGGAGGUCAGGCUACCACAGUGCCCCCCAGACGCCCCUCAGCCACACCCCUAUGGUCUUCCCACCUGGAAAGUCAGCACCCUCAGGCCUUCGCAGAGUCUCAGGCACAGACAGCGCUGUCAAAGACCAAAGCCUACAGCCUGUGACUCCUGACAGAGAGAACAGUUUUGAACUGCUCUCAGAUGGCGUCGGGUCCUCGACGGAGAACCCACAAUUGGGUCACAUGAAGAAGAAAACCGUUGAGUUUAACCUGACCGACAUGUCGGAGACCUCGGAACAUCUCAGAGAAUCACAUUUGGACCAGUCAAGCAACAUAGAGAUAAUACUCAGAAGUCACGGAGAUCCCUACUGGGCCUUGGAAGACAGGGAUGAAGCACACUCUUAG